AUGCGUAGUAUCGCGCUAGUGGCAUUUGUUGCCGCAGCUUGUGGCCAAUAUGCCUCUGCUGGAGGCAUGUUCGGAGGCGGCUACGGAGGCGGUGGCAGUAGCGGUGGCGGCUACGGAGGCGGUGGUGGAGGCGGCUAUGGAGGCGGAGGAGGAGGUGGAGGAGGCGGAGGAUAUGCAGUAGCUCCUCCACCAUACAACCCGCCCGCCCCUGUUGCACCACCUCCACCCUGUAGUGAUGGCAGUUGCGGCGGCGGUGGUGGAGGCAGCUAUAUGGGUGGAGGUGGAGGCGGCGGUGGAGGAGGAGGAGGUGGCGGCGGAGGCAGCUACAUGGGCGGAGGAGGUGGCGGCGGAGGCGGCGGCGGUGGCGGGGGAUAUGGACAAGCUCCACCUCCUCCUCCACCACCACCCCCACCACCCCCACCACCACCACCACCUCCACCAUGCAGUGGCGCCAGUUGCGGCGGCGGAGGCAGCUACAUGGGCGGAGGAGGCGGCGGCGGUGGCGGUGGCGGCGGCAGCGGAUAUGCUGCUGGACCACCACCAGUCGGACCACCCCCAGUUGGACCACCACCAGUCGAGCCACCACCAGUUGGUCCACCAUCAUCCGGAGGAUAUGCCAGUGGUGGAGGAUACAGACAACGCGUAUUCAAGACAAAGCAUAUGUCGAUGAGGAGGAAGCACUUUAGCAGGGCUUAG